UCGAAAUUUGUUUUAAAUUUGGACUAAAAAUAAAAAAAAUUCUAGAAUAAUCACUCCUCAGAUCCGGCGACAUCGCCACCGCCGUCGCCGCCUGGUCCCCACCUCGCAAUCCUUCCUUCCCAUCAGAUGGCUGAGGACAAGCGCCUCGUCGCCGCGGCGCCGUACCUACCGGCGGAGCUCAUACCGGACAUCGCGCGGCACUUGACGACGCUCCAGGACUUCUUCGCCCUCCGCGCCGCCUGCCGCUCCUACCGCGCCGCGCUGCCACCCUCCCGCGCCGUCCUCGCGUCCCAGCCGCCGCAUCUACUCGUGCCCCACCACGCCUCCUCCCCGUGCUCGCUGGCCCUCAUCCACCUCCCGCGCCGCCGCCUCCUCCGCUUCCGUGCGCCCUCCCCUUUCCCCAGCGCCGUCGUUGCAUCCGACGGCGCGCGCGUCGUCACCUUUGACCACUUUGCCCGCGAGCUCUCCGUCAUCCACCUUCUUUCCGGCGACCGGGUUCGCGUCCCCGAUGCUCCUUUCCUGUUCUCCCGCGCAGUCCUCGCCGGCGACCUCGUCCUCCUCAUCACACCUGGGUGGGUUCAGUACUGCCGCCUGGGGGACGGCCGAUGGCGGGAGGCGUAUUGCCGGCUCGGGGGCUGCGGUGGCAGCCUCUUCGGUGGCCUGUAUAUGAUGGUCGGCAUGCUCGCUGUCAAUGGCGUCCUAUAUGCGCUCCUCAACACGUGCCAGCUCGCAGUCGCAGAGCUGAUGGACAAUAAGGUUGAAUUAAAGCUGCUUGGAGGGGAAGUGGAUGACCAUGUCAGAGAUGCUUGGAUGGAAAGCAAGGAUUUCAUGCUUGGGGCGUGUGCUGGUGAACCCUUACUCAUCUUCAAGGUAUCAGUCAAGCCUGAGUACAAGGUUUUCCGGUGGGAACCUGCAGAGCAAAGGUGGUUGAGGGCUAUGACCCUGGGAAGGCGGACUCUUUUCAUGUCUGGCAAUGGCUUUGAUGCUUGGGUUGGUCCAGAUUCACCUGGAAUUCGAGGGGAUUGCAUAUAUGAGGCUCUGCCACGGGCAGCAGGUUGGAGUGAGUACUCUUUAGUUGAUGACACUUAUGAACUCGUCACUAUUGACUACCAAGGUGCACCAGAUCUAGAUGCCUUAAGAAAGCAGGUUUGGGUGCUUCCAAGCUUGUACUGAUAUUGGCCUAUGAAGAUCUAAUUCUGAGGUUGAAUCCAUCGACAUCACCGAAAGAUAAUGACAUAUGAGUGUGCACCAUUUAGUGGUGUGGGAUCUUCUGUUUAUUCUUGAUAAUUUCAGGAUGCUUGCUACUUGCCAAUUCAGGGAUGGAGCUACUGCAAGAUUCUAGCUUGAUUAUGGAUUUUGUUCUUUUGAAAUGGUCUUUUCCCCAGCUCUUUCCUUUUGGAAAAAAAUAUAAAAGCUUUUGGCACACCAGUUUCUGUUGCAAACCAAAUGAUUCAUUGACAAUGCCAUGGAAGCUUUGGCUCAGCUUACAAAUCUGAGUAUGCUCGAGGCCUUCACUUUGUCAAGAUGACAAGGAAAGUUGGGUCCUAUCUGUGAAAUAAAAUUUUCUCCGCUAAACAAUCCUACAAAAUGUUCUUGGGAUCUUUGCAUGGCUGAUCCAGACUUUGCUUGGUUAUUUAAUCCUGUUGCCAUGGCAAGGCCAAGUUCUUGUUCUGACAUCUUUUGAAAGAUAGAUUGAACAUGCUCAACUUGCUUCUCUGGAAAAACAUCUACCCGGACAACUUUUUGACCCCUGCACUAUAUCUCAAGAAGGGUCCCAAGUUCUUCAUCUCUUCUUCCCAUGCUCAGCAGGAAAUGUUGUUGCUUCGGGAUCUGUGACCUAUUUAUACUCUCUUUUUUUGACAUAUUGGCUAAGGGUCUCCAGGGCCUUGGAUAGUUGGUUUGCACAUCAUCAGGGAGGUUUUGAUCACAUAUUGGUCAGUCUGUUCAAAGCAUGAUAUCAUUUCCACCAAUGCAUCCUGGCUUCCAACAUUGGAAAAAGGGUUUGAAGGAAAACUUCAAUAUUUUAGAUUGGUCAAUCUGUUCAAAGCAUGAUAUCAUUUCUAUACGAUGCAUCCUGGCCUUCCAACAUUGGAAGAAGGGUUUGAAGGAGAACUUCAAUAUUAUAGUCAAACUUCAAUAUUGGCUAGAGUCAUGCUCACUGUAAACAGUUUAAGAUCUCUCUUUGGACCUGAGGUCCACCCAUGUACAUGUACAUUUUUUCCUUAUUAACAGAAAAGCACAAUAUGUGGCUC